AUGAUGACCGAAAACAGAAUAAGUUCAAGUAAUCACGUUGGAAACAAUAUGAAUAAUCAAAAAGGAGAUGUCGACAAAUCUGUUGAUGACAUUGGAUGGAAAUCAAAAUUAAAACUACCGCCUAAAGAUAGAAGAAUGAAAACCAGUGAUGUGACAGAUACAAGAGGUAAUGAGUUUGAGGAAUUUUGUUUAAAGAGAGAAAUCCUUAUGGGUAUAUUUGAAAAGGGUUGGGAGAAGCCGUCUCCAAUUCAAGAGGCUUCCAUACCCGUUGCUCUUAGUGGUAAGGAUGUUCUUGCAAGGGCCAAAAACGGCACUGGAAAGACAGGAGCCUAUUGUAUUCCAGUUAUUGAACAGGUUGACUCAAAAAAGGAUUGUAUUCAAGCUUUAAUUGUGGUACCAACUAGGGAACUAGCAUUACAAACAUCACAAAUCUGUAUUGAGUUAGCAAAACACACUGAUAUACGUGUUAUGGUCACUACAGGAGGCACAAACCUCAGAGAUGACAUUAUGCGUAUUUACCAAAAUGUCCAAGUUAUAAUUGCCACACCUGGGCGUAUUAUUGAUCUCAUGGAUAAACAAGUAGCCAAAAUGGACCAGUGCAGGAUGCUGGUUCUUGAUGAGGCUGACAAACUUCUUUCUCAAGACUUUAAAGGAAUGCUAGAUUUGGUUAUCUCUAGAUUACCGAAAGAACGCCAAAUCUUGCUAUUCUCAGCCACUUUUCCUUUAAGUGUAAAACAAUUUAUGGAGAAGCACCUCCAUGAACCAUAUGAAAUUAAUCUAAUGGAAGAGCUGACAUUGAAAGGAGUCACUCAGUACUAUGCUUUUGUACAGGAGAGACAAAAAGUACACUGCUUAAAUACGCUCUUUUCAAAGUUGCAGAUAAAUCAAUCCAUAAUAUUUUGCAAUUCAACCCAGCGUGUCGAAUUGCUGGCAAAGAAGAUCACAGAACUAGGCUACUGCUGCUACUACAUUCACGCGCGUAUGGCGCAAGCUCAUCGUAACCGUGUGUUUCACGACUUCAGAGCUGGACUCUGCCGCAACUUGGUGUGCUCGGACCUGUUCACCAGAGGUAUCGACGUGCAAGCCGUAAAUGUGGUGAUCAACUUUGACUUCCCGCGUAUGGCGGAGACGUACUUGCAUCGUAUCGGUCGUUCGGGCCGUUUCGGUCACCUCGGUAUAGCGAUCAACCUGAUAACGUACGAGGACCGGUUCGCCCUGCACCGCAUCGAGCAGGAACUGGGCACAGAGAUAAAACCCAUCCCCAAGGUGAUCGAUCCCGCGCUAUACGUCGCACGCGCGAUCGAGGACGAUGACGCUGCGGACAAGUAA